CCGCGUGUGGCGCGGUCGCCGGGCACCGGGGCUGCGGCGGUCGGCGGCCGGGCGGCGGCGGCGGCGGCGGCGCUGACAGGAUUCUCCGGCUAACAUUGAACUUCUCCCAGUGGAGCCACAAAGUAAACAGCUCAUGACUUCUGAUCAGGACGCUAAGGUCGUGGCUGAACCGCAGGGCCAACGAGUCCAAGAAGGGAAAGACAGCGCGCAUCUGAUGAAUGGUCCCAUAUCUCAGACAACUUCUCAGACAAGUUCCAUUCCAGCUUUGAGUCAGGUACCAACAGCCAAGGUUUCGGAGCUAAACCCUAAUGCAAAAGUAUGGGGCACUCCACUGUUACAGCUGGAACCGCGUGGAGCUGCAGACGGCGGCGUGAGCACAGUCUGGGAGGCGCCGCCUGGCCGUGGCCACCUCGGAUUGGACACCAACGGUGAUGGUGACAAAAGUCAUGAAAAUGUUGCGCUGUCAGAUCUACAGGAGUCAGACCAGACAGCCAUGAGCACUUUGGGUCUGGACCACUCAGAGUAUGAGUCACCGCCUGAAAGUAGUGAGACAGGAGGGAAUGAAUCUCAACCAGAAAGCCAGGAAGACCCCCGGGAAGUACUUAAAAAGACAUUGGAAUUCUGCUUGUCUAGGGAGAACCUUGCUAGUGACAUGUACCUUAUAUCUCAGAUGGACAGUGACCAGUACGUGCCAAUCACCACAGUAGCUAACCUGGACCACAUCAAGAAGCUCAGCACCGACAUGGACCUGAUUGUUGAGGUGCUGAGAUCUUUACCUUUAGUCCAAGUGGAUGAGAAGGGAGAGAAAGUAAGGCCAAAUCAGAACCGUUGCAUAGUGAUACUACGUGAGAUACCCGAGUCCACCCCUGUAGAAGAAGUAGAAGCACUAUUUAAAGGAGAUAACUUACCGAGAUUUAUAAACUGUGAAUUUGCCUAUAAUGAUAAUUGGUUUAUUACAUUUGAAACAGAAGCUGAUGCACAACAGGCUUACAAAUAUCUGAGAGAAGAAGUCAAAACCUUUCAAGGAAAACCAAUUAAGGCACGGAUAAAGGCGAAGGCAAUAGCUAUAAACACGUUUUUGCCAAAGAAUGGCUUUAGGCCUCUGGACAUGAGCCUCUACACACAGCAGCGCUACACGGCGUCGUUUUACUUACCUCCAGUCUAUAGUCCCCAGCAGCAGUUCCCUCUGUACAGCCUGAUAGCCCCCCAGACGUGGUCAGCGACACACAGCUAUCUUGACUCGCCCUUGGUAACGCCAUUUCCAAAUACUGGAUUUAUAAAUGGGUUCACGUCUCCAACCUUCAAACCUGCUGCAUCUCCUCUGGCUUCACUCAGACAGUACCCUCCGAGGAGCAGGAAUCCUAGUAAGUCUCACCUGCGCCAUGCCAUCCCCAGUGCAGAGAGGGGGCCCGGGCUGCUGGAAAGUCCUUCCAUAUUUAACUUCACCGCUGACCGCUUGAUGAAUGGUGUGCGCAGCCCACAAGUGAGGCAGACGGCUCAGCCGCGAGCUCGGCUCCAGAACCCUCCAGCCUUUGCCAAAAGAGAUGUGGGGCCCGGGCGCGUGGAGCAGAGCAGCUUCGAGUCCUCCCCGGGCUUAGGCAGAGGGAGGAAGAGCUCCUUUGGUUAUCGGAAGAAGCGGGAGGAGAAGUUCACAAGGAGUCAGACUCAGUCUCCAACGCCGCCUAGACCGCCGUCCCCCAGCUUCGAAUUAGGCCUGUCCAGCUUCCCCCCACUGCCUGGGGCAGCAGGGCAUUUGAAGACAGAGGACUUGUUUGAGAACAGGCUGUCUGGCUUGCUUGCAGGAACAUCCAAAGAAAGGAGCCUGAAUGCAGACGCCAGCACGAACACUCUUCCCGCGGUGCCCCCCCGAGAACCCUCAGCGCCCUGUGCCAUGUCCGCAGCCUGCGAGCGCACCCCCUCCCCUGCCCACCCACCCGAGGAUGCCAAGGUGGUGGAAAAGCAGAGGGAAACCCCAACUGUGGACAGACCGCCUCCCACCCUGGCCCUGAACACCACAGCAAGUAAAUCGGUGCAGGUGAACGGUGCCGCCUCGGAAUUGCGAAAACCCAGCUACGCAGAGAUUUGUCAGAGGACAAGUAGAGAGCCACCGUCUUCCCCGUUGCAACCCCAGAAAGAACAGAAGCCAAACCCGGUCGGCUGUGGGAAGGAAGAGAGGAAGGUCACGGAGAGAGAGCCCCCCGCCCCCAAGUCCAGCCCAGGACCACCCAAAGACCAGAGGAGGCCGCUGGGCCGCCGGCCGUCACCCCCGGGCUUGGGGCGGCGUCCACACAGAGAACAGAGCCCCCCACCCAGGCCCCCUCAGUGAGCACCGAGGUCUGGGAGGGCUGCGAGGAGCUGAGGUCGCCACAACUAGGCACUGUCCCGCUCGGACGUGAGUGAGCCGCUGGCUAGGAGCUUGCAGUGUAGACGAGGCCCACAAGGUGCCUGCAAGUUAUUUUUCUUCUAUGAGUCGGAUUUCCCCCCUCUUGAAAAAAAUCUAUUUUUCAGGAUUUAAUUAAUAUAAACCUUAUUUUAGGUUGGUGCUUAACUGGAGGUGAUGCAUAAGUCUGAUUUUUUUCAGGAUAGAAAAUGCAUUUAUCCUAACAAAUUGAUAUUUUUUAUUAAGCCUCCAUGUGGCUAUGAAUGCAAGCUAUAUAUAUAGUGAGUUUUUCUAAAUUAAGUGGAACUAUGCUACUUCAUUUUUUAAAAUAACUGGUUAGCAAGUGCGUAUCUCUGAGAUGUCCAGGCCGCUGGGUGAAGCUGAGGACCGAGGGAGGAGGACUGAGGUGAUGCUGCGAGCACAGCCUGGGGGAGCGGGCAGGGCUCGCCAGCCUGGGAGCUGCCCUUCACUCGGAAGCCUAACAGGUGGUUCUAGCAUUUUCUAAGCAGAGUCCAGUUUUGGUCCACUGGGCGAAGUAAGCCUGCACAGCCCCGAGAGCCCUCUUGUCCUGCCAGCAAGUAACCAGCUCCUCACUCUAGUCUCAAGUGGCUGUUAUGUAAGAUAAACUCAAAGCACAUUGUGAAUAGAAUUCAAAUGAAAUAUAAACUUUGUAGCCCACUGACAUGUUACCAUGAAAUUGCACCCUGACAUUUUGCUCCCGCGAGUGGGUGGGGAGGGCAUGGAGCCUGGCUCACAGUGGCCCUCCCGGCCCCACCCCGCUCCCCAGGCCUCCCAGGUCCUCCCAGCCACCCCCACCCCCAGGUCCUCCGGGGCCGGGAUCGUGGGGGAGGUGGUCGUGGUGCCCUCUGGUGGCGGAGGGUCCCAGCCCACUCUCCUUACCUCCAAGACAGGGUCAGUGAUCCCUUCUCCAAGUGCUGCUCUCCAAGAACACGCAUGCACUAAAGCUAGCAGUUGAUAAUAAAGUUUAACAUAAAUUAUUUUGUUUUAAAAUGCCUAAAUUUUUCUUUAAGUAUUCUAAGCAGCAGACAUUAAAAUAAGAAUAUUUCCUGCUAAAUGUAACCAUACAGUUUAUUCCACAAAAUGUUAUUUAAUAAGACUGAGGGUUUUUUUUUUUAAAGAGAUUAUUUCCAUCCAAUAUUUAAAGACUUGAAUUUUAUUUAAACUUGAAAAUGACUUUGCCUUAACUUUUGUAUAGGACAGUUUAAGAGUUCUGAGAUGGGCCUGGGUUGGCAUGAGUGGGGUCUGCUGUCACGGUGUCACUGGGUGAGCACUGUAGGAAGGACUAGCAGUCGUGUUUGUAAUUUACCUGGAAGAUCUUACACAGUUGAUCUUUUUUCAGAUUGUUGAAAAAUCCUGUAAAUGCAAAUAGUCGAUACUGUAUUAAAUAUGUGCACUUGGGAGUGUGUGCUUUGCUUGUACAGUUGUAAAUAAUCAGAACAUAUUAAAAAGGUACCCUAAAGAGAAAAAUCUGAUAAAAAUUGAUAUAUUAUAAAUGUUACUAUUGACCUGGAUGUAGAUAAACUCAAUGUUGUGGUUUGAAUAUUAUUUUAAUUUGUUGAAGUUUUUUUCUUUUUCUCUUGUACUGGUGUGUUGAACUGAUUUCUGCCUCUUUGCUGCUGCGAAAGGGAGAUGGAAGUCUGAUUAAAACCUUCGAAUGUUUUCAUGCUCUUCUUAAAAGUAUGUUAAGUAUGUACUAAUCACAGCUAAUUGUGAAAGGGUUUUCAAAAUAUAAUCUGUAAAGUGGAAACUGGCAGGAUCUGCAAGUGAAAGUGAAAAAUAAUCUCUUUAGAAUCACAAAUGGCUAAUAAGCAUGACACGCCUGCAGAGGAAAGCAGGCCCGUCUCCUGGAGAGCAGCGUCUUUGUUCAAAGGCCUGGACACCCACACGGUGCUCAUGUUUCCGAGGCCCCUGAAAGGAACAGGGAAUUUACUUCAUUGUAGUUGUGAGAUUGCUGACUAAGAGAGUUUGAAAUGAUUGACCUGUUCCACCGAAACCAGUGCAUACUAUAGGAAGAGCUGGAGAGGCCCAGGACCCCGUGAUGUGGCUGCUGGAGAAGGGAGCGAUGCAGCACGUCGCCCUGAAGUCCAAGCCCCAUGGAGCCCAGACACUGGUUUUCAGUAGCGGCAGGUCCCUCCCUGGAGGGCCAUCCGCGCUGUGUGGCCCUGUGACGGCAGCCGGGCCCCCAAGUGGUGUGACCUGUCGGUCACAUGAGGCUUCUGUUCCCGCAGCCUCGAGUCCAGACUUCACUUGGAUGUCAUUUUUAGCGCAUCCUUUUUAAUUAAGCAAGGGUGAUAUGCCAAAUAGCCAUGUAAUGUCCCCCAACCCCGCCUUUCUGAGGUUCCUGAGAUUUUCCACUCACAGAAAGCACGGGGGUGUCUGGCUUCCUGCCACGUAGCACCUCUCUGCGGGCAGUCCCUCAGGUAGAGUCAGAGAUGGCGGCACAGACGGCAUUCUCCUCGGACAAUUGUGCAGUGUCGUUUGGAGAGAUGGGGGGGAGAGCCCCGCCCUGUUUCACAUGAAUUUCGCACAGUCGUUGCUCUCAGAGAGUCCGUGUCGUGCUGUUUCUGAUCAGACCCUCCUGUAACCACCACUGGUGGUCACUAGUGUGGCAAGAAAUGUGUCAUGUUGCUACAUGGUCAGGGCCACCACAGCGCCACGUGGAGUCUGCACUGGGGCCUUGGCCUCGGGGCAGGCAUGGCCGGAGUCUGCAUCCAGGUCCGAGGAGCAGCGGACGAUGGGCCUGAAGGAGCAGCCAUGGCGCCAGCUUGCAGGAGGGCAGGGGCACGGACGCCUCGCCAGGGCUUCUGUUUCUGUUCCACUUUUUUUCAUUAAGACUGGAAUCAAGCUUAUGUGUAAACUAUUGGUAAUUUAAGUUUCCUUUUGUGUCAUUCAGUGUAAAACUGUCUAAUUUGAAAAAAUGUAGGUUAUGAAAAAUAAAGAUUUAGGCACUGUU